AGGUCACAGGAAAGCAGUCAAAGACCUAGCAAACAGUCUCUUCCCCAAGACCUCAGCUUAGGUUUAGCUAAGUUAACCAAUUUGACACAAGUUGAGAUGAGGACAUUAGCAUUUUGAGCAAUCUGUGCUUAGGGCAGAAAAUAGUCUUUUCACCUGAACAGUUUUGUCCAGAGAGACUCAAGCUUAAGACACUUCAGGGAUUUCACAGGCUAUAAAUCAGAAUGGACCACUACGAGCUUCUACUAAGAAGCAGAUGGGCAGCGUGACCCUGUGUCACUCCAGCCACAGGCUGAGUUUCUCCAGUUACAUUUAGUCUAGCAGAACUCAAGUGCAGAGAGAAUGAAGUGGUGGGUUUGAGAAUGUGGUCUCUGCAACAGACAUCUGCAAUCACACAGCAUAGACCUUGCCAUUGAAAAAAGUGCAUGGUGGGGCUGUAAGCAGGAAAGGAGCAAACGUUGCUGCACUACAUGAGUGGUCAGGGAGCCCAGAGCAAGUUGGGGCAGACACACUACCUGAAGCCUUUUGUGUCAGAAGCAGUCUGCUGCCUUUGUCAAGAGAACAGGCAUCAAAUGGCCAGGAAAAUGCAGAUUUCAAAACCAUCAACCUGCUACGAACAGCCACCGAUCUGCCAUGAAGUGCCUGACAAAACCAGUCAUAAUGACACAGGAAGAAAGAGCAGCCCUUUCACCAGACAGCAAAUAGCUCUGUUUGAGUGCCUACCAAGCGCAUCGAUUUCACUUCCCCACUAAGUGACCAGGAAGCACAUUUGGUCCCUCUGACACCCGUCUUCACAAAAUCCUCUUCCCAGCUUGUCAUGGGGGACACAGGGAUUCUUCCAUUUUCUCUGGGGGUCUGUGAGAAGACAGUUCUCCUCAACUUUCCAGAGACCAAAUUACACAAAGCUAUGCUUCUGCAUCUGGCUUGCAGUCCUACCAGGGACUUGGAACAGGGGGAGGCGACAGGAAGGGCUGACAUCAAAGUCGCAAGCCUUUACCUGCUCCCACUACAACAGAACUUGCCUGAGGACUUUCACAGCUCUGCUGCACACUUACCUCCCAGGCCGCGACUCCUUCUUGCAAGGGAAGCCCACUCCCUCCAACAUUCCCCAAACCAAAACUGGAGGGACAGAGAGUUUGGGCAACCCCUGCACUCCCUCAGGUACUGUGUCACCUCACUGGAAACACUGACUAGCAAAGGAUGAAGGACGAUAUCAAACAACCACUACACAUGAAGAACUGUUAGUGCACACACAGAGCGAUGGCUGUAUCCGCCUUUUGCCUCUGCACCCCCUCCAAGACACUUUAGCCCAUCUCAGCUUUGGAGCUCCUGAAUCACAGCUGCUAAACAGCUACUAGAACAAGGAAUCAAAACUUCCUUCAUCCCUGAGCACUGGGCAGGUCUUCCAAUUGACAGGAAGGUGCCACAACAGAUACAGCUGUUAUAGGCUAUGCUGAUAGCAACCGUCAUCUCUGAUGCCGUUUGCCAAGGUGUUUGCCUACCUGUUCUUUCCACAGGACUGUACGCCGUCUUCAUUCCAGACCGACCUAAGACCAGCACACUUCCAUGACCUACGCCUGACCCAGACCCUGUAAAGGACACAGCGUUUGCCAUUUUAACCCAGACCAACGCUGCCGACUUGCUGCUCUGCAACACCCAGGACAGCAGGUCCACCAGACCAACACACCAUGGAAAACCAUACCACAGACUUAGGCGACUUGCCACUGACAACAGAAUUUGACUACAGCGAUUCAGCUCCAUGCAUGGGAACUGAGGAAAAGCACUUUGCAGCAAAACUUUUGCCACCGCUUUAUUCUUUGGUGGUGAUAUUUGGCCUCACAGGCAACAUGCUCGUUGUCCUCAUCCUGGUAAAAUACAAGAGAUUGAAGAGUAUGACUGACAUCUACCUGCUCAAUUUGGCAAUAUCUGAUUUGCUGUUUAUAUUUUCUCUCCCUUUUUGGGCUUAUUACGCUGUUCAUGACUGGAUUUUUGGGGAGGCGCUGUGUAGAAUUCUCUCAGGUGUCUACCUCCUUGGCUUCUACAGCGGCGUCUUUUUCAUAAUCCUGUUGACUCUGGACAGGUAUCUGGCCAUAGUGCAUGCAGUGUUUGCUUUAAAAGCUAGGACAGUUACCUACGGCAUCCUCACCAGUGCUGUUACUUGGGCUGUUGCUAUUUUUGCUUCUGUUCCUGGGAUAAUAUUUCACAAAACUCAAAAGGAAAAUUCACGUUAUACUUGCAGUGCUCAUUAUCCAUCAGAGCAGAGGAGUGUAUGGAAGCAAUUCCUGACCUUAAAAAUGAACAUCCUGGGACUUCUUAUUCCAAUGUUAAUUAUGAUGUGCAGCUACACACAAAUUAUAAAGACAUUACUGCAAUGUAGGAAUGAGAAGAAACAUAAAGCAGUCAGACUUAUUUUUAUCAUUAUGAUUGUCUAUUUUUUUUUCUGGGCACCAUACAACAUUUGCAUUCUUUUGCGUGAUUUUCAAGGUACAUUUUCCAUCGCUACUUGUGAAGGCAGCAGUCAACUGCACAAAGCAACCCAAGUGACAGAAACGAUCUCAAUGAUCCACUGUUGUAUCAAUCCUGUGAUCUAUGCCUUCGCUGGAGAAAAAUUUAGGAAGUAUCUUCGUAGCUUUUUCCGAAAGCAGAUUGCAUUCCACUUCUCUAAAUACUGUCCCGUUUUCUAUGUUGACACAGCUGAAAGGGCUAGCUCCACCUACACACAAUCUACUGGAGAACAAGAAGUUUCUGCUGCACUGUAAGUUGUGUCCAGUGAAAAAGUGGAAUUGACUUUUGUGAAAUCAAGCCUGUGAUGAAAGCCUGCAGAAUCUGUUGUGGAUAUUGGCUCUAAGGCAGCUGCAAAAGAUCACAGAAUACAUAUUUACCAAGGCCUGUAUUUGCUCAUACAUUUGGCUAUUUGUACAUAAAUGAAAAGGCUGUAUCAAAUUAGCUACCCUGAUAUGCUAACGUGGCAUUCUGUAGGGGAAAGAAAAAGCGUUCUCUUUUUUUGUGAAUGUAGAAGUAUAGUUUUGUACUAUAGGGCCCAAAACCACACAAAGGCUAAGGGCAUAAGCUAGCAGGCUCAUAAACAGGUUUUUUGAAGUGAACUAGAGGUUAGAAAUUGACACUGGUUCUUUGGAAACAUCUCUUGACUGUACCUUACACAAGAUAUCUCACUCAUUUAAACUCAGUCUCAGUCACAUCUUUUACUAGCCUGGUUGUGUAUCUCUGUAAAAAAUGCUAAAUUACUGAGGUCUGUGACACAGAAUCUUUACAAGUGGCAUGGGAAAAUCUUAUACAUUUAGAAGAGACUCUGAAAUUUCAAGUUAUAUUUUCCUUUGUGUAUGGUUGAGUACCAACCUCUUGGAUCUUUCUCAUAAUAGUUUUAACUACUAGGUGUUGGUAUGUAAGUGACUUGAGAGUUUGUUAUUUCAGAAGGCUCUCUUUUAAUCAACUGAUGUUUUAUAUGCUAUUUGUACUAAAAAGCUAAUAUAAUGACUAUUGUUGAUCAGAAAAAUCAAUGUGUUUACAGUAUUUUAAAAAUAAAGUAUUGCACAUGGAGCUUUAACCAGGUUAGAUCAAAGGUGGACAACAAGUCAACGGGGUUUUAGCUUUUUAGUGCAGUGAUUUUGCUUGCCAUUUUUCUAGCCUACGUAAGAGAAAAACUUUAAAAUAUGAAAUAAAUGCAGUCGUAAUGGCUGCAAAACCACAACAGCAUUAGAGGUGUGAAAAUGAUUUCUGAACAGGGUUGACCCAGAUGUUUUUAGAGAUAAGCAUAUGCUACAGACAUUUAAGUUAUCAAAACAUAUGAAUAAGUAAAAAUAUUCACUGUUCUGUAGAGUCAAGGGCAUAGAGCAUCUCUUUUUUUUGUUUUAGAAGCAGGUAUCAUUUGGGGGCUAUGACAAUGUUUUUUUUCUGCCAUUUAGGAGUUUUACAGAAAGCAAAAGCUUCUGUAAUUAGACUGAUGUUCAAAUAUGACUGGGCUUCCCCUUAAAGCUCAGAUCCUGAAAAGCACUUGAAACACAUAGAAAAGAUGAAAUAAAUAUGGGGAUACUCCAGUGCUUAAGAUCAUACCAUAAUCACGCUAUUAACUGAUUUAGGCCAAGUUGUCCUUUCUAGCAUUUCUUAUAUUUCCCCUAAGAUACAUGGGUUGGGACAACUCUGGACACAAGAAAUUAAAAGUGAAUCUUUUGAUUGCUAUUCUUAUCCAGCAGGGCAAUUUCUGUCUUCCAACUCCUCUAGAUAACCUUUUAAAUAAUAUUUUCAAAGAGGCAAAUGUUUCAAACAGCCCCAAAGAGAUUUUACAUUGCCAAGUGCUUGUGAAAGCAGGAAGUGAAAUAGGGAAAUCUUUGCUUAUCAAACCACUUAAGUUAUUCAGUUUUGUCAUAUUAAGCACCACUUUUGGACUACAUCCACAUGGGAAGUAUAACAGAAGUAUACAACACCUUCUAAUUUACAAGAUUUUCAGCUACAUACUCUUUUUUAAGACCCUCUGCAUCAGUUACUUUCUGGACUUUGUAUAUGCUUUUAAAAUAGUUAACUAUAUCAGUAUAAGCAAAAAUUGGGUAAUUUCAGCAAAAAAUGACAAAUAUAUGCAUUUAUUUUUUAAAGAGCUAGGAAGCUACAUGCAGUAACUUCUAGGUAGGUUGGCUUUUUUUUUUUCCUUCUCGAAUACCUUUAUAAAAAUAUUUUUGUAUUUCAUUCUGCUCUUGACAAGAGCUUUCAUUUGGCCCCUAAGACACCUUGCCUUUAAGAAGUUACUUCCUCUGGAGGGCUUUGACGCCAGGCAGGUUAUGUAUCUUGACCAGCCCUGCAGGAGCAAAGUACAACAACCAAACGUGCAUGAGCAUACUGACAAGCUUUCUGAGAGGCAUGUCAAAAACCAGCCCUGCUCCUUUGCAGUGUUCUCUUCUACAGCAUGGAUAUCUCCAAGCAACAAGCAGCUUUUGAAGGGAAGAGGUGGAACUUAAGAGAUUGGUGGCCCUGUGGAUCAGCAGCUUAUCAAGAGUUUCUAUCGCUUCACCAAGAAGGGACCACGCUUGAGCAAACGAGAACAAGCCAGAUUUCAGCUACUGGAGUGAACUGUGAUCCACGCUCAAGGAGACAAUGGAACACACGGUAUUUGGUAGCACUGCUGGUGCAUUCAAUUAAGGACUCUGCCCAUAGAUUGUAACAAUAUUUUGUAUUAUACAAUCCAUUAAAGUUGGUUAACUUUUGUGUGUUAGA